GGACAGCAGUCAGGCUUAUCAAGGCUACGAUGAGAAGCAUCUGCAAAGGGCUCACGGCUGCCGCCGUCAGCCUCGCCGUUUUAUUCAUCAUCAGCUCCGUGUUUCUGACGCCACGUGACCCGAUGUCCGACCAACUGCCGCUGACCUACGGUGACCUAAUGCGGGCGCCGCUGCGGAUGGCGAUGGACGAGCCGCGCCUGGUUCAGCAUGUCCGGCGGCUGCUCAACGCGCCCUCCUCGCAGCCGUACCGACUGCAGAGGGGCGACCUCAACGACACCUCUCAGGCCGGGCAGCUGGCCUAUCUGCGGCGGCUGGUGGCUGGUAAGAGAGGCGGAACGUUCUUUGAAGCAGGCGCGUACGAUGGGGAAAUUCACAGCAACACUCUCUACUUUGAACGGUUUUUGGACUGGACCGGCGUCCUUGUCGAGGCCGAGGACUGGAACUAUAAGAAUCUGCUGCUGAGGCACAGGAGAGCGGUGACGCUAAACGCUUGUGUCUCCCCGGCUCGGUACCCACAAGAGUUUGGCUUCGAGCAUAAUCCGGGCACACUGGUGUCCUACGUUGAGCCAGAAUUCGAGCGGGCCGACUUAGACAGCCAACUGCGGCUGAAGCAGUGCUUUCCGCUCUACACGAUCCUGUUGGCCUGCGACCUCACCACGCUGGAUCUGCUCACCCUGGACGUGGAGGGGAUCGACUCACUGGUGCUUCACACCAUACCCUGGAACAGGGUCGAUAUCAAGAUCGUGAUGGUGGAGUACGUACAGCCGGGAGUCCAGAACAAUGACGGCAGCUUCAACCCGAUUUACGAACAACCGAUUACAAAUUUAAUGGUUGAAAAUGGUUACCUGCUUGUACAUAGACUGGAGACGGACUUAAUAUUCGUGAAAAAUGGCUCUGAGUAUGCUAGAGCUAUUACAUCAUGAUCCGUUGUUACAGGGCAUUUUUUCCAGUUUAUUUGCUUGUCCUCUCAGGUAAUGGUAGAUUCACACAUUCAAACUCGGAUAUCGGUGGCCAACGUGCAGGGUGUCGCGAAAUGGCUCAAGAGAUGUCGCUAGCUAUCACACAGAUACAAAAUGAGCUAUGGCUCGGAAUAAACCGGCGUUACAACGGCGAUGACUGCCAUCCACACCUGUGUUCGGCCUCAGCAGACGGCCGCCAGUCACAGCAGCAGACGGUGAGUGGUCACUCGCGCUCGGCACG